CUGACAGCGUGAAUAUGUUUACAAAUAAAUUAGACCAAGAACUAUAGUCACACAACUUCUCCGCAUUUUUUAUGUUUGAACAACUUCAAUGAAAGUAUGGCGAGGUAAAACAGUUAUCAAUUUGGAAAAUGAUGGAAGGCUUAUUAGUACCUACUUGCUUAAACCACUAAAAACCAGAUAAUGGUCUAUUCAUCUGUCAAAUGUCCUGUCACUAAUUUGGGAAAGUUCAAAAUUGUAUGUUUCUUAUUAUAUUGACAAGAUGUGCACAGAGUGUUUCAUAAUACUGCUCGUAUACGUUUUACCUAUACAGUCCAGGGACCUGAGCAAACCAGGAGAAAUCACGUUCGAUCAGUAUCAGCGUUAUCAAAAUAUUCAGGAUUACCUCUAUCGACUUAAUGGGACGUACAAGAGACUUGUUACGGUAGAACAUUUCGGUGUUUCAGUGGAAAAUCGAAAUUUAACAUCUAUUAAGAUAUCGACUGGUGGAAAUUUCAAGAAACCCUUAAUAUUUAUAGAUGCAGGAAUACAUGCAAGGGAGUGGAUUGGGCCCGCACAAGCUCUAUACGUCAUACAUCGGUUAGUAGAAAAUCCAUCCCUGUCAAGUUUGGUCAAGAAUGUCAACUGGCUAAUUGUACCACUAGUUAAUCCUGAUGGAUAUGAAUAUUCCCACAUGGUUGAUAGGCUUUGGCGGAAAAAUCGAGCAAAGGGAAAAAUAUGUGACGGAGUUGACUUGAAUCGAAAUUUCGAUUUUCAAUGGUUACAUUCUGGUGCCAGUCGGAGUGAAUGUUCUAAUAACUUUGCUGGAGUGCGCCCUUUUUCUGAGCCUGAAAGCUUGGCUUUAAGUAAAAUAAUAGCGAAACACGCCGAAAGUACCAGUAUCUACAUCAGUCUCCAUGCAGCUGCACAGUCUAUUUUGUACCCUUGGGGUUACACCACCGAUUUACCUGAUAAUGGCCAAGAAUUGCACGAUUUAGCUCAAAAUCUAACCGAAGCCGUGUAUAGAGUUAAUUCCACACAGUAUAAGGUUGGCAGUUCUGCAAAUAUACUGUAUGCGGAUUCCGGAACGAGUCGAGAUUGGGCAUACGCUGUAGCGAACAUAAAAUUAGCUUAUACCAUUGAGUUAAAGGGCUUCUCAGAUAGCUUAUUGAACCGUCGUAGGGGAGGUCGCUUUGAUAUACCACCGGAGGAUAUCUUGAAUGUUGUUUCUGAGAUGUUUGAAGGAAUCAAACGUUUACAUUCGUAUGUAGAACCUAAGCAUCAAGUAUGUGCAUUGACAUUUGAUAAUCUUAUCAACAAUUUAAAAAGAAUCUUCUUUUUCGUAUGAAAUAACAAUCUACUUGUUUAAAUUGAAAUUAGAAUUUUUA